GCGGAGCUGGAGAGGGCAGGGGCGGAGCCGGCGUCGCCUUGGUGGCCGGAGAGCCACCGCGGGGCCCCGCAGAGCAGGGGAACCGUCAGGCGGGAGGAUCGGCAGACGGAGGGCGGCCCAGCGCGCCGGGGAUGUGACUCCCGCGGCCGGAGGAGGACUCGAGCUGGCCCACCGAGGCGGAGCCCGACAUCCCCAGGUCCGUGGCCAUGGCCCUGUGCCUGAAGCAGGUGUUCUCCAAGGACAAGACGUUCCGGCCACGGAAGCGCUUCGAGCCGGGCACCCAGCGCUUUGAACUGUACAAGAAGGCACAGGCCUCACUCAAGUCCGGCCUGGACCUGCGCAGUGUGGUGCGGCUGCCGCCCGGCGAGAACAUCGACGACUGGAUCGCCGUGCACGUGGUGGACUUCUUCAACCGCAUCAACCUCAUCUACGGCACCAUGGCCGAGCGCUGCAGCGAAACCAGCUGUCCCGUCAUGGCCGGCGGGCCCCGCUACGAGUACCGCUGGCAGGACGAGCGCCAGUACCGGCGGCCCGCCAAGCUCUCGGCGCCGCGCUACAUGGCGUUGCUCAUGGACUGGAUUGAGGGCCUCAUCAAUGACGAGGAUGUGUUUCCCACGCGUGUGGGAAUUCCCUUCCCCAAGAACUUCCAGCAGGUCUGCACCAAGAUCCUGACCCGCCUCUUCCGUGUCUUUGUCCACGUCUACAUCCACCACUUUGACAGCAUCCUCAACAUGGGGGCCGAGGCCCACGUAAACACCUGCUACAAGCACUUCUACUACUUCAUCCGUGAGUUCAGCCUCGUGGACCAGAGGGAGCUGGAGCCGCUGAAGGAGAUGACAGAACGGAUCUGUCACUGAGCCACGACCUGGACAUCAUUGCCCAUCAGAUGGACCAUCUAAACACAGGGUGGCAGGGGAGGGGACCCUCAAGAUUCUGGUGGUAGAGGACCCUGAAAGCCUUGGGACCCCUUCCACAUACCCAAAGCCCCCAGACUCCUGAUUCACUGCUUGUGAAUGGAGAAGGGAGAGGAGCUUCAGGAUAGGCAAACAGAAGGAAAGGAGGUAUUAAACCUCUGGCAGUGACAUCUGGGGUUGGGGUAGGUUUCUUCUCUGAUACUUGACCCUUCCAUAGUGGUUCUUAAGCCCAUUUGGAAUAUGUGGAUGUGGCUGAGGGUGAUGACAAGAAAGGUGUAAGAGAGUGAGCAGCUUGUGUGAGUGAGCACAGAGGAUGGUAUAUGUGUGUGUGCACAUGCAAUUUUGACUGUGGACUGUGCCUGUGAGAACUAGCUGCCUUAAACCCUGCCUGGCACAUACUAUGCUCUCCAUAAAUGUUAGAGAAAUGGAUGACUGGAUGAAUGAAUGACUGAAGAGACUGGUAUCGACAGACCAUGAACACUGUAGGUGUGAAGACAGACAGGUCUUUAUCCCUGCUUGGUGUAUCUGACCAUGUUCAGGAGUGCACAAAAUGUGGUUGUUGAAGUAUCUCUAUGUAGGAAUCUUCCUGCAGGGGCCAGGGAGGAAGGGGAGCCUUGCCCUAGUCCCUGGCCCACUACAGACAGAGGUUCCGAUUUGUCAAACCAGAGAUGCCCAUAAGCUGUCAUUUUACUCAUCCCUCUGCUUCCAGAAAGGCCUGUUUAUAAAGAGCCUCCUGAAAGGUUGGAGGUGAUCCCUCAUGUCCACAAAAGUUGCCUGGUCCUUAAAUUGGGAAUUGUACAUUCCAUUCUAGCUCCCAGAACCUAUAGACCUGGUUCUUGGGGUCUGAAGACUACAAACCUGGUUCCCAGGGUCUUAAGCCCAACACAAAAUGAUCCUGCAGCCCAAGGAGCUGAUAGAUCUUGCACUGGGAAACUCUGGAGUCUUGUCUCCCAUCCCAGGACAUUGAGGACCAUGUAACUUGGUGAACUGACUCUUCCAGGUUUGGGUAACCCACAGCCUGCAAGUACCUGCCUCCUUCCCAACCAUCAUCAAGACAUUCCAGCUGAUUGUAUCUCAGAGCACAAGCCAUCCACAGAGAGAUUUGGAUGUUUAUUCAGCACUUGAUUUCUCAGCACCCCAUGCCCAGCCCUGUGUCCAGAGCCAUGACUGGGGAAACUGAGACAGGGAUGGGCCCAGCUCUCCCAGAGCUUCCCCAACAGGAGGCCAGGAUGGAAAGCCAGAGAAAUCUGAGCAUCAUCUAGUCUCACCCUCACAACAUACAGAGGAGAGAACUGAGGACAAGAGAGGAGGAGGGAAAGACGGUCCAAUGCUUCACAGUGAGGCUUUCAUGAAACUGGACUAGAAACUAGGGGUCCUAACUCCCAGCCCAGGGCCUGUCAGUUACUAAAUAGGUAAAUGAGAUGCACAGGGAGAGAAGGUUUGACAGCCUCUCUUCAAGACACAAUUGUUCCUGCUUUGAGCAAGGGUUUCUAGGCUGAUGCCUGAGUGCCCCAUCAACCCUCGGUUUAAUUUGGGUGGUCUGCUGAGCCAAAUCUCCAAAAUCAUGCCCCCUCAAAGUUGCUUGUCCUCUGGGGAAACAGAUGGGUCUCCUGGGAGCAGCCAGCUGGAGCUGGGACUCUUGCCUUUGCUGCUUCCAGAGCAGUUCCCAAGGGUAACAUGCUGUCCCAGCAGCUUUGCUAGAGGCUCUUAGUGAGAGGAACCAGAACUUUCCCCAGAAUGGAUUGUGGCUUGGAAGGGGGAUUCUAGGUUCUAGGCUGUGGCCAGAGCGACUGGGGGGAGGGGGGCGGUAAAAUCUAUUUUUGUGAAACAGAAGGAAGACUUUAUUGUUGUUAUUUUUGGUAAAAUAAAGGAUGCAAACUAAAGCAGCCACUGAUGGGAAGCUGUGGUCUGGUUGCCACAUGGCUCCUGGGCAACCUGUGGAAGGAGCUAAGCCAGAAUGGGGCAGGGAGGGCUUUUUGUCUUGAACUCUUGGGCCAUGUGGAGGGCUGGUCAUAUCUGUCCCAGCUCUCCUGGGUGGAGCACUGAGAUUUUCUCAGGGCUCUGGGAAUUCUGGAUUCCUUGGAGUGAGGAGGGCUGGCCCUUGCCUUCCAUGAAUUCAGUCUAAUGGGGGAGAUCUUUCCUUGUUUCAGUUCUGGUCACCUGGCACUUUUUUUUCUAGCCCCAUUCCCUUAAUCUGAGUGGUUUGUUGGGGCUGAUGGGUUAGCGGACAGGGCAGAAAUACAGUCCCAACCUAAUCACAUCAGAGGAUCCCUUCCCAAGAGGAAGCACUUGUUAGGUGCUGGGUGGGACUCAAAGUGGAGGUAAUCGAACAUGCACUGAUUCCUAAGCUUACUCCCCAGGAGACGCCUGAGAGACUUGGCUCAGGUUUCAGUGUUGUUCACUGCCUCUGACCCACAAGAUGCUAGGACAUGAGUUGAAAAGCAGGUUAGUUCUAGAAAGGUAGCAAAGGUCCUCCCGGAGCCCUCCUCUCCAUCUGCAAAGGAGACAGUCUGGCUUUGUGCAGGGUCUCUCUGGGAGGCAGAGGCCUGGGUUCCAGUCCCAACCCAGUCCUCAGGAACCGUGGCAGGCCCCUUCCCCCUCUAAACUUCAAUUUCCUCAUCUAUUUCAUGAUCAGGAGCAGACAUGGAGGACUGAUUGAUCACUAAGCUCCUCAUUAUUCAGUCUGUGAAUCAGUCACAAUAAUAACAAUAGCUAAUGCUCACUACGUGCCAGGUAUAGUUUUAAGUGCUUAACAUAUAAUAACCUGCUGAAUCAUGUUUAUCGCUGGUCUUUUGCCUGGCCCCUCUCUUGGCCCCCAGUAUCCCUCCUUUCACUGCUCCAAGAUCUGGAAGUUCAUCUACUCUGCUUCCCCGUUUUCUGGCUCACCAAAGGAGGCCCCAGUCCAGCAUUCUGAAAGGUGACUCAGCUUGCUCACC